GGCAGCAGUCGUUCCCUCGCACGCCAUCAAAUCAUUUCUCAAAUCGACAUGACGUCGAACGAAUGCAUUUUCAACUCGUGCCACAACGAGUGCGAAGCCGGGUCGUGGAAGUGCAUAUUCCACCGCAGCCGCGACAAGUGCAAUGCCGAGAACUGCCGCAACCAGGCGUGUGGUCGGGGGUUCUGCGUGUCCCACGGGGGCAAGCGGCCGUGUGUCGCGCCGGGCUGCGACGCCAACGCCCGCAUUGGUGGCCUAUGCGCCCGGCACGGCCAGUCGAAGAAGAAGCGGUCGUGUGAGGUCGACGGGUGUUCCAAGUUUGCACACGCCCGCCAGCGAUGUGUCGCCCAUGGAGGAGGACGGCGGUGCGAUGCCGACGGGUGCAAGUCGCAGUCGCGCAAUGGCGGAUUCUGCCAGCGCCACGGCAAGCAGCGUGCGAUCCCGUCGUCCCGACAGAGAAAACCAUACAUGACGACCGACGCGAUGGACACUAGCCCGGCCGCGGGGAUUUGGAGCGAAGAAUUCUUCAACGCAACUUCCAUAGCCCUCCUGGAGAACUGCUCACAUGACGACCAACCAUUGCUCUACAUGGACGAAGUCCAGCUCCUCGAGCUGUUGCUCGAAGCGACAGCCGGCAAUUAAUCCACCCGAAUCCUAUUUAUGUCGCAAUCCUGUCUGUGUGCUCGAUCAAAAGGGACCGCGCGGGGUGCAUCGAAGCCACUGCUGUGCGGCUCUCGUGAACUGCGCCACGUGGCAUCUCAUGGCCACGCUACAUGCACACGCACGUACUGCCCAUGGGAUGGUGGCGUCCGUUCGUCCGUGUAAAGUCUCGUCGUCCAGUGGUUCUGAAUGUCGUUUCGUGCGUGGGUGCGACAGAGUCCGAUCGGUGGGUGCUCUUUCUUUCGCGAUGGAGAGCUCAACAGGCGACGAUCGAGGGCACGGACCUGCCGGUCGGAGCCCGCACACGCUUGGUGGUAUCGCACGUCGCAAUCGACAAACGAGACCUUAUCUGGAGGGUGGGGUAUCUGUCCAGGUGUUGGGCCCCUGCACGCACACAGCUCUCCGUGUUGAGAUUGUAUUUUGUCGAAGUAGCGGCGCCAUCGCCCCA